UCAGUAUUAUCGAUUUCAUUAAACGAGAAACACACGAAAUUUUUUUGUCGUGAGUCUUAAAUUGGAAGCAAAGGAAAAAAAAGAUCAUAAGAAAACGACAUGCUACAAAACUCAGAUCUACUCUCGCCAGGGCGCGUCAAGAACUUGGAAGAUAUGAAGCGUCGAACGUUAGCUGGGAACUGUGGAGUUGCAGUUUUCGCUAUUGCGUUCUUUUGCAUUGUUGUCGCUUUCUCAACACCGAGUUGGUUAGUCAGUGACUACCGUAUAACAGGAGCUAAGCUUGACCAAUUAGGAUUAUGGGUUCAUUGCUUUCGUUCUUUACCGGAUGUCAAUGAUGAUUAUCAACGAAGAUUCUUCGUUGGAUGUCGAUGGGUUUAUGAUCCAUUCACGACCGGAUAUGAUGGAAUUCGCGGAUUUUUAAUUCCAAUUUUCAUGAUAUUCACGCAAUUUUUCAUGACAUUUUCAUUUAUUGGAAUUUUCAUUUCAUUGAUUCUUGUUUUACUUUACUUCCUUUGUGGUGGACCUGAUCAGAAACAUUUUCUUAUUACGCUAAAAGUGACAGCUUAUAUUAUUCUUGGCGCUGGGGCUUGUGCUGGUAUAGGCGUAAUAAUUUUUGCAAUCUUCGGAAAUCGUGACAAAUGGAUGCCUGGUCAUGCCAAUAAUUGGUUCGGUUGGUCAUUCAUUCUUGCAUGUAUUGGAGCAUGUGCAGCUGGCGUUGCUGCAUCCUUAUUCUUCACAGAACAUCAUGUACAAGAGCGUCGCGUGAGAAGAUUCAAAGAAUCUCAAAUGCGUUUCGAAUUAGAGCAUGAAACGAAGACAUAAUAUUAUGCAUUAAUAGACACAAAUGAAUUGUGACGCCACAAGAAUCGUCCAAGAAAAAAAUUCCGAUGCAUAAACUUCACAACAAGCUUUUAAAUUUAAUGUUUUGUCUCUAUUAGUCAUUAAGCAUUAUCCGUCCAAAAUUAUCAUAAAUGACGCUUCGUAUAUAAGAAAUUUUCUAAUUUACCUACAAAAGACAGAUUUGUGUUGAUUCCUUAUUAUCAAGAAAGGAAAAAAAUAGAAUAAGGUAAAGUUUCCCGUCCAUCUCUAAUGCAUGCUUUGCAAAUUCCAGAUCUUAUAAGAAUUCUUAUAAAUUUAUAUGAGAAUGUAAAUAGAAUUAUUAAAUUAGAUUUAAAUUUUUGAUGACUCAAGUUGAGUGUUUUAAUGUUGCUUUUUUCAGAUUUAAAAGAGUGGCACUGAAAAGUUAUUGUAAGAAAUUAAACACGAAAUAAUAAAAAAAAAGAUGGAAUUAUAAUUU